AUGUUCAACGUUUUAAUCGCAAAGUUCAUUUCCGACCCAACCCCUUUUCCUAAAUCUGUUCUCAUAAGCAACAUGAAUAAAGGAACAUCCACAGCUACAAAAUGGUUAUGUGACAGUCCUAUCCAUUCCGAUGUAGAAGCCAAGCUGCGGGACCUUUUGGUUGAAUUAGGGAAUGCUGAUAAAAUACUUGGAAUCCAGGUUUGUGCAUACAAAGAUGGGAAAGUGAUCAUUGAUACUGCAGCUGGAGUCAUGGGAGCAGAUGACCCUCGUCCAGUUCAGCCCGAUACCUUAUUUCCUGUUUUCUCUGCAACUAAGGGCGUCACCGCAGGGAUGAUACAUUGGCUGGCGGAUAAGGGGAUACUGAAACUUGAUGAUAAUGUGGCAAACUUUUGGCCGGAGUUUGCUGUAAAUGGAAAGGAUCAGAUAAAGGUUCAUCAUAUACUAAAUCAUACAUCCGGCCUGCACAAUGCUCUUUCUGACAUUAUUGGGGAUCACGUGUCAUUGUGCAAUUGGGAGGAGUGUGUAAAACGCAUUGCAAUGGCCUCACCUGAGACAGAACCUGGUUGUGAACAGAUAUAUCAUUAUAUGUCGUAUGGCUGGUUAUGUGGUGGUAUCAUUGAGCAUGCAUCUGGGAAGAAGUUCAAGGAUGUUCUUGAAGAAGCUUUUGUACGCCCACUUAAUCUGGAGGGCGAGCUUUAUAUUGGGAUUCCUCCUGGUGUGGAAUCUCGUCUGGUAACUUCUGCAUUUGAUACAAGUGAAUUUCGUAGUCCUCCUCCUCCUCCUACCGCUGCACCCCCGGUUGAUAAACAACCUUAUGGCGCCAUGCCUGCCACCCUUGGGCCAUCGGUGCUUCCCUCUCUGGUUAAUCUAACCAACAUGCUUGAUUUCCGCCGUGCCAUACAACCUGCUGGCAAUGGAAACUUCUCGGCCCGUGCUUUGGCCCGCUACUAUGCCGCCCUUGUGGACGGUGGCGCCAUCCCUUCCCCCCAUUCCUCAACCACCGACAGCCAUACAACCGCCGUGACUAAAAUCUUUAAAAACCCUAAAUCGAAAAUUCAUGACGCGUUCCUGGCAACUGGAGAUUUUAAGGAUUUUGCCUUACCGGAUGGGACAUUUGGGCUUGGGUUUAAGAGGAUUAAAUCAGCCGAGGGUUUGGUGAUCGGGUUUGGUCAUGCGGGUUUAGGUGGUUCGACAGGAUAUGGUGACAUACACAAUCGGUUUUCUAUUUCUGUGAUGAUAAACAAGAUGUCUUUCAAGGCUUUAGCCACCGCAGAGGUAAUCCGAUUUGUUUGCUCUGAACUUGAUCUUCCCGUACCAGAAGAUUAUACGAUAUCUAGGGAGUUUGUUAAGAAACCGUUGAUCAAUUAAAGAGGGUUUGAUCGACACAUGCUCAUAUGCAUACUCGAACAAUAUUAUAUGAGAGAUAAACUUUAUUGUAUGUGUGUAAGGAAGUAUACAUUUGUUGUGUAAACGGAUAUCUCUUCACGUAUUUGUGUAUUAAAGCUAUGUGGUAGCUUGUGACGCAGGAUAAGCAUUGUAUUAAAUAAGAGAAUUGUUAUUUAUGUUA